AUGGCCACACAACAGCCUCGUUUUGAGAAGCUUCUCAAUUUCCGCGACGUCUCCUCCCUCCUCUCCCAGCCUUCCAAGCUGCAGCCAGGCAAGCUCUUCCGCAGCGCCAGGCCAGACGAAGCCACGCCCGAGGACCAAGCUCUGCUAAGCACGACGUACAACAUCCAUACCAUCGUCGAUCUCCGCAGCCCCACGGAGCACCUCGAGCAAGCUAAAAAGCUCGCCGCUCGGGCCCGGACCGGCGAGCAUGUUUCCACCGUCCCAACCCCGCAGAGCACCUCUGCGUCCGCCACAGCCGCCGACCUCCCGAAGAUCGCGGGCAUCACCUAUCGCGACGUAAACUUCAACGGCGGCGCUUAUAUCCGCUCGAUGCUGUCCCAACUUUCUUGGCGCUCGUACCUUACUGUACUGACCUACUACGUUGCUGGCUACCGCGUCGAAGCCGUGCAGAUUAUUGGCCAUGAGGUCAUGAGCCCCCGUGGUGUCGUCGGCUUGAUGCUUGACAGCCUGGCCGUUUGUACAAAAGAAAUCGCCACUGUCUUUAACGAGGUGCUGGCGCGAGAGGAGAGCUACCCAGUGCUGUGGCACUGCACCCAGGGGAAGGACCGGACAGGGCUGGUAACCAUGUUGACGCUAUUCUUGCUAGGUGUGGACUUGGAAGAUGUCCAGCGUGAUUACAUGGCAACCCAGGCGGAACUGGAGCCAGAAAGGGAGGAGCGUGUACAGGAGAUCGCCAGGAUUGGUUUGGGAUCGGAAUGGGCCGACUGCGAUCCUACCCUAGUGGUGGAAGUAAGGACUUUCUUGGAAGAGAAGCACGGCGGUGUCGAGGGGUAUUUGGAAAACGCGGGUGUGAGUCGGGAGACGCAAGAGAAGAUCAAGAAUAUUCUGCGCCAGUGA